GGCAGCGGGAGGGAGCGGAGCGCCGCAGACCCGGGCACGGCACCGAGCGGGGCGCGCAGGAUUACGGCUCUGCGCGCUGGAAGCGGGAGGCAGCAGAAGGAUUAGUAGGGAAGGGCAGAGGGAGCAGGAUUUAUCAGCUUUUCAGAUAUGCAUUACGGCCUUUUGUAAUAUUUUACUGGAUUGUACAGGACUUGGCCUGGGCACAACAGGGGCUCCUCAGCCAGAAAAGAAAGGAGAGGUUUUUCCUCUUUUUCUUACAUCGUUCAGUAUCUGCCUCUGCGAGCCGUGCACCAGCUGGCCUGGGCACGAGCAAUAACCGGACAACUUUUUCGAGGCUGAAGUAUCAGCAUUCAUUGCAGUCUCAACGACUAUUUGUUUUACUAAAUUAAUCCACAGCAUCUAAGUAAAGGGGCUGAGCGGCAUUAUUUACAAAGGCUGCAGGUUGCUCUCGAGAUGCCCUUCCCCAAGCAUCCAUGGAACAUUUUACUUGAAAAGUCAGCAAUGGGUACUGCAAGUAUGUGUGUGUGACAGCCUAGUGAGGCAGGCUGGAAUGCUCAGCUUCUCCCAUCAGUUUCUGGAGCAUCACUGUGCUGAAUAAAUAGACUCCAUCAAUGUUUAGUAGGUGAAUGUUGCAGGACUUCAGAUAUUGAAGGGUUUAGGAAAGACACUUCUAAAAUACCUAUGGUUAAGUUACAGAGCUGUGCGUUAUUUUAAUUCUAGUAGAUUUCUUUGCACGCAGGGGAGGCUCUCAUCUGUAGAUCCUGUGGGCUAAGGCAAACAUAAAUAUAUGGUACAUUUGUUACAACAAUCUUGUGCAAACUUUGACCACAGACCACAUAGGAGCUUUUGGAAACUCUUUUGCAGAUAGAGCAUCAUUUGCUGGGUGGUUCUUAAUACCUAAGAACGUAAAUCAUACAUGAAUGUUUUAAUGUAAUUAAAUACUUCUGAGAUACAGUAAUAGUUUGCUGAAAGCUUUCAGUUUAUCAGAGAAUAGUGACAGCAGACUGUAUGUUACCUCUGUAGCACACAUCAUUCUGUUUACAGAAUGCACACACAUAGAUAUAGAUGCACAUGUGCACCUGAAAUGUGGGUAUGCAUGUGGCUGCAUGCAUCUCUUCCAUACUGGCAUAGAAUUAGUCCUGCUGAUUACUGCAUUAUGACUUGAGCUAGGUAAAAAGUGUGGGAUUAAUGGAGAAAUUAAUGGAGAAAUGGUGUGAUCGCUGCUCAAGCUGUCCCUGAGCACUUUCCAAGUCAGCACUCUCACAAUAAGCCUUGCUGGACCAUCUGCCUCCCACCAGCUCCUCUGCAUCCCUCACCUCAGGCUCACCAACAACAUUAUUGUCUGGAUUUAUACCUAUGUAUGCUAAAAAAUUGGUCUUUAAAAGCUGAAUAUUUGGUGAAAGAGCCACUGGGACAGGAUUUGCACAAGUUAGUGCCAACUUCUCCAGCCUCAGGCUGCAGCUCUGCUCCUGUGGCAUUCCCUUUCCCUUCCAAAGCUGAAUUAUCUGUCUCUGUAAAACACCUCCUGUAUUGAAUGAACAGGGUAUAAUACAUAUUUUAAAUUUGUGUUACUUUCAACUUGAUUUGCCCAGUUAAUGCAUUAUAGAGUUUUCCUCCACCUUUCUCCUAACUCCACAUGGAGAUCUUUUUCUUAUGUAUCACAGUUCAGUGUUAUGUAAAGGUUUUAACACAAUCUCACCAUCAAACAUAACUUUGCAAUCUGAUUACAUCUUGUAUCAAGCCCAUGUGUAGCAAGCAAUGGUUAAGUCACUGGAGAGCCCUCUCGAGCUGCAAGACUUGUCACCACAGCAUGUGGAGAAAUUUGGGUGUUUCUACCUAAUUUCCAGCUUGUUGGCAGACCUCCCUUGUUGGGAGAUGCGUGGGGUCAGCACAGACAUCCUCUAGCAAGGGAAACUUUGUAACUUGUAAGAAGCGCUUGAAGUUUCUCAGAAUGAUUGCAAUAAAGGGAACUGCUAAGAGUUGACAGGGUCCCAGCAUCAAAUCUGUGGCUUCUUAACAGCCACUUUUACUUCCUAUGUGCAUUCACACAAUUUGAUAUUUGUCUUGACUUUCCAAAACACUGAGAAAAUGGCAGUGUGUAUCCAAGGAAAAGGCUGCAAGACAGAAUCCUUCAGCUGAGGCCUGUCCGCAUUUGUCCUCAAGGAAAGCUGACAAAAGAAAGGAGAGACAUGGAAGAGGGAUGGAUUUUUCUAAAAAUAGUAAUCAUGAGUCCAAUUCCCUUCAGUUUACAACAGGAAACAUCAUCUUGCUUCCCUGCCAACAACUCUGAAUUUGCAAAAUCCUGCUGGUCUUUAGACAAGGACCAACUCUUGAUGCCCCGCAGCUGUAAAUGCAGCAUUGACCUGAGCUUCUGCACUGAGCACACAUCAAAGAAUAGUCCUCAGUUAAGCAACUCUUCACCUGCGAGUCUGGGGCUGUUUUUCAGUGUCUUCAGCCUUUACCAGAAAUCAUGGCAUCACUGAAAAUAUUCAGUCUUCCCUUAAAAAUUCUGUACAUGCUCCUUCAGCUAGGAGAGUAGAAUUGCCAAGAACUUUAUCAUACACACGAUUGUAUCUCUCAUUAAUGAGAAAUACGUUAAUGUAUUUCUCUCUACAAAUACAUUAAUGCAGCUGCUUAGCGUGAUAUCCUCUGUCACAUUUUGCGAGUUCAUUUUGGAAGCAAAGUACUGAUCUGCUUUUCCUUAUAGCAACUAUUUUGGUAGCAAGAGAUCCUUUCCCUGCUGAAGUCCCAGCACCCUGUAGAUCUGUGCUUCCACUCACCAUGCCCAAAGCUGAUAAUUUCCAGUGCUAACUAUUGCCCUUUUUUCAGUGCAGUGUUAACCCUUUCAUUGACCUCUUCACCUAGAGGUCUCCUCUGCCCAUCAAUUAUCCAUCACUGUCCUUUCAAUUAUGAUUUUAUGAUUUUACUAACAACUUCCAAUUCUUAUGGUCCUAAUCCCCCUUUGGCUGUGAGAACUGAUAAACAGGGAUAGAAGACUUGUUUUCUUUCAUUUAGCUUAAUUCAUUUCAGGUGAAACAUGCAUGAAAAAGACAAAUGCCACAUUGUCUAUUACAGAUACUAGUUAUUUCCUCCUUAGUCUUUCCUUUUAAAUAUCAUAAUCAGAAGUGAUGCACUUCAGCUCUUUUAGGCAUACUUUGAUGAUAUUGCAAUAUGCAGUUUAUGGAAAAAUCAAACGGCAGUUUUUAUUUCAGCAGCACUUUGCUAUUUCCCCACUAAAAAGCAACAUUUAAUUUUUAAGCUGCACAUUUGCAGCAGUGGUUGUGGGCGGAGAGUCUGCUUAUUUAUUUGGUUGGGUUUUACUAGAAUGUACUGUCAUGGCAACUGCUCUAAGGGUGAGUGCAUCUGGAGGUAAUUCGUACACAUCAUGUUGAAUGCAGCAAAAUUGUAUUGUACCAUUUAAACUUUUUCAACCACUGGGCGAAGGGCAAAGUUACCCCUUUGAGACUCCAAAGCAGCUUCUCCUUACUAAACAAACAAAUACAUAAACAAACUUGGCAGAGCACUAGGAGCAAUGCCAAACAUUUCUUGAUGUUUGGAUGCAAAGCCUGCUGCACAGUUAAUUUAGGUCCAGUAUCUUGGGUGUUUUCUCCAGUACUGCUGAUGCACAGCAAGCUUUCCAUCCUGUUCAUGCGUAGGCUGAGCAUUAUGCCUUGCCCAGGUGCUGUUUGGGCAGGCAUUGGCCAGACUAGUCUCCCUUGGCUCCAGGAGGCAUUGCCACGUGUUGCCCAGGCAAGUGCCAGAUCCUCUCAUCCUGGCAUUGAUGUGGUCUCCAGCUGUUCCAUUUUACAUCACUGCAAGCAUGGAGAAACUCUAUCAAAAUCCACUGACCAACGACACGAGUGGUGUUAAAAAGGACUAAAUUGGGCCAGUGAUGCAGUUUCAAGCAUAACAUGCCUGACCUUUGCUACAUGGUCUUGAUGGCCUUUCUCCAGCCAAGUUGUGGGCACUGCGUGAUGAGCCAGAAAGCUCCAGCUAUCCCAGCAUGGCCUCUCCAACACUGGCAACAAGGACUCAUCUGAGAACUUGGGCCUAAAGGAUCUCUCUCAGUUUCAGCCUCGGCGGUUCAGCAGCUGGGCAGGGCACGAUGAAAGCAACAGCCCAGGAGCCCACGGAGCCCCUGGGCCAGCCAGGCGCCUGAGGCUGGCAGCAGUGCCACACCAGGCUGGUCUCUGCCGCAGACAGCUGGGAGAAGCUUUUCAUCAGGAGAAGGCACCAAAGUGAUGGGCUGAACUUAUGGGAGGAAUGAGUGUCUGGCCAGGUGAAGAUUUGGAGGCCUGUUGGGAAGCGUGAAGGGCCAGUUUCAGUAAGGGCAUGGCCAAAGCUUUCUUCAGGCUACAGAAGUUUCUCCGUCGGAUCCAGUUUCUGCUCUUCUUCCUCACAGCAGCUUACCUGAUGGCUGGCAGCCUCUUGCUACUGCAGCGGACCCGCUUGGUUCUCCAGCAAGGUUCGCGUGGGACCCCCAGUAACCAGGCCCUGCCGGUGCUGGAGGGGGUGAGCAGGGUUGGGAUCACAGAGCCCAGGACCCUGCAGAACCCCCGGCCCGGCCCCAGGCUGCUGGUGGGCAUGGAUGCACUGCAGGAGCCGGCCCUGGACCAGCGGCACAGCCCGCACUGGCUCAUGUCCCGCAACUCGGAGCUCAGGCAGCUGCGGAGAAGGUGGUUCCACAGGUUCACCAGUGACCAGGAGCCCCUGCAGACAGCAGGGUUUAAAGCAAUGAAGAGCACUGCUGAGCACAAAGGCACCUACAUGGGCUGCUUCACUCACGAUUCGAGGGAGAGGACACUGAAGGGAGCUGUCUUUUAUGACUUAAGAAAAAUGACAGUAGGUCACUGUCAGGAAGCUUGUGCUGAGAGAGCUUACAGCUACGCAGGCCUGGCAUUCGGAGCAGAGUGCUACUGUGGGAACACGCUGCCAGCUGCUGCCGCCAAGCCCGAGGAGUGCGGCAGCGAGUGCAAGGGCGAGAAGGGCUCCGUGUGCGGAGGGGUGAACCGGCUCUCGGUCUACAGCGUGCAGCAGCUGCGGGCAGGAGCCAGGCCACGGAGGAAUGUUAUUUAUCGAGGAUGUUUUAGAGCUCCAGAAAAUUUAACAGACACCUUUCCAGCCUCUUUGACACAGACCAAUUUGACGGUGGAGAUGUGCUCUGAAUUUUGCUCCAAGAAAGAGUUCCCGCUGGCAGUGAUCCGAGGGCAGGAAUGCUACUGUGGAUACCCCACCAGGCGCUUCUCGCUGCGCGAGGGCACAGACAGGCAGCGCUGCAGCGGGAACCACAAUGCCAGCAGUGCUGCUGGGGGAGACUACUGCCUGGUCUAUCAGACACCUGUGCAAGACACCCGCUGCACAGACAGGAAAUUCUUAACCACUAAAUCCAAAGUGUUUGUUGCUUUGUCAAGCUUUCCUGGGGCUGGGAAUACAUGGGCACGCCAUCUGAUAGAGCACGCCACAGGAUACUACACAGGAAGUUAUUACUUUGAUGGAGCCCUCUACAACAAAGGUUUUAAAGGAGAAAAAGACCACUGGAGAAGUAGAAGGACUAUCUGUGUGAAAACACACGAAAGUGGCAAGACAGAGAUUGAAAUGUUUGACUCGGCGAUCCUGUUGAUUAGGAACCCGUACAAAUCACUGAUGGCGGAGUUCAACAGAAAAUAUGCUGGGCAUCUGGGCUAUGCCACUGACCGCAACUGGAAGAGCAAAGAGUGGCCAGAUUUCGUGAACAGCUAUGCCUCCUGGUGGGCCUCCCAUGUCCUGGAGUGGCUGAAGUAUGGGAAGCGCCUGCUCGUUGUCCAUUAUGAGGACCUGAAGCAGAGCCUCAUCCCCAAGCUGAAGGAGAUGGUGGAGUUUCUGAAUGUGACAGUGACAGAGGACCGGCUGCUCUGUGUAGAGAACAACAGGGACGGGAAUUUCAAGCGGUCUGGUGCUAAGCAAAAGAAUUUUGAGCCAUUCACCCAGGAAAUGAAAGAUCUUAUCAACAGAUACAUCCUGACAGUGGAUGAAGCCCUAAAGGGAAGAAACUUCUCAGGGCUGCCCAGGGAGUAUGUGCCAAGAUGAUAGGCUGGUAUCACGCUGCUGUGGUUAGAAAUGAAGUUUUUUUUCUUCUUAAAAAAACAGAAAAAAAGCCCAAAAAAAAACCCCCCACAAAUAAGAAGAAAAGUAAAAAAAAAAAAAAAAAAAAAAAAAAAAGGGGGGGGAAACAAACAAACAAAAAAAAAAAACAAAAAACCAAAACAAACAAACAAACAAACCCAUGAAAAAAAACACCGAAGACCAGAUCUCUUUAGAAGUUAUGGCAAAGAUACUUGUGGAGGCUGCUGAGCAGUGCAGCAGUUGGGAAUGCCUGGGUUUUGUCAGCCCCAAACAACCCCAAACCUGGCUCCAGGAGCAUGGAGGAGACCUCAGAGGGGUGGCAGAGAAGGGAGUGCCCCCUGUGCUAGGGGCUUGAUACGGGCUUCUGCACCUACCUCUCUUCAUCUGGAGAGUCAUGGUGGGUCUGGGGGGACACCAGGGCCAAAUGUCACCACAGUUGGUUCUAGAAAUGGUCACCUGGGAAGACCUGGAGAAUAGGGGCAAAGGGGGUAAUCCCCAGUCCUUCUGGCCCCAGCAGGGGUAGGAUCACACCUCCUACCUCAUCCCUGAAGUCCCUGGAGGAACUCCAAGGCAGUCCAGCCUGGAAAACCACAGCUACUUAGAGCUGCGUGCUGGAGCCCCCUCCAGCAGCCAUACAGGUUUGAUUUUUAACUCCUGCAGUCACCUUGGGUGUGUUUGACCCUGCAGGGGGCCCGUGUGCUGUGGGGAGAGAACAGCUGGCAGGGCAGCUGGCCCCAUGGUCCUGGGCCACUGGGCAGCUUGGAGGUGGUUAAUCCCUGUGGCCAAAGGAGCUUGCCCUGCUGCAAGACACUUCUGUUCAUGUGAAGUAAAGGAUUUCUUAAAAAUUUGAGUGAAAAUACUAAUUUUAAUUAAACAAGUUUAUAUAAAGGGAACUGAA